AUGGCAUCAGUGAUACCAUUAGAGUUAUUCUAUGCAACAUCAAUGGACGUUGACCAUCCAGCAUCAAAUGUUGUUGAUGCCGAUGAAACUACGUUCUGGACUACAACAGGUCUCUUUCCACAAGAAUGUGUUCUUAAAUUCAAAACACCAGCACAGAUUAUUCGCGUAACAACAAUUACAGGAAAAGUUAAGGCUAUAUCGCUUUAUGCUUCAACAGAUGCUGAUUUAACACAAUGGAUUGAAAUUGAUACAUAUAAUCUUCCAGCUCAACCUAUCAAACAACAAGAAACACACCAAUUAAACUUACGUAGUACAACAUAUGGUAUUAAAGUUGUUGUUAACCAAGGUUGGGGUCCAUUCACAGCUUUAUACGUUUUACGCGUAGAAGGUGUACCUGUUCAUGAACAACCUAAAUAA